UAAUCCAGCUGGGUCGUGCCUCUGUGCAUUGCUGCACUUUAGCCAUCUGAUGAAUUCCCCACGGACGGUCAGAAAAAUCACAUUUUAGGGCAGAAACUUUACACUUUUUGGAUUUACAUCUAGUGGAAGCUGAGAGCCUCUCAUUCAGGGGUGGUACUCGGCUCCACAGGACUGAGACAGAAGAUGAAGUCCCAUCCCGGCAGUUCAACGGUGCUGCUGCCCAUCGCUCUCUGCCUCAGCUUGGUUCCCGUGUGUCUCGGAGCUGCAAUCCCUGUUUCAUGUGGUUCCAUCUACAAGCGCUUUGCUCAGUGUUUGCUCACACUUGGGGACAGUUUAGUGGACACACAAAAAGACCAGAGUACACAGGACAUUGAUGCAAUCUGCAGGUCUUGGAAUGCAUUUCACGUUUGUGCCAACUCAGCUCUGGCCGGCUGUCCUGGAGAAGCAGCAGCUGUCUGGGAGUCUCUAAGACAAGAGUCCAGGAAGACAGAGUUUUCUGGAAACCUCUACAACAUGUGCGCCAGCCGCACAACGCUCCCACCCAGCACCUUGCCUGCAGCUCAGAGCCCCCCCACAUCUGACCAGACGAACCAGGAGACACUGAAAGGGCAAACACACAAGCACAGCCCCACCCUCAUCACAGUGCUGCUCCCUGCAUGUAGCAUGCUGCUAGUUCUGCUCAGGAGUUAGUUAACCCAUAUUCUCCCUUCAGUUAGAGUGAUGACAGCUGGUCGUCACCGUUCUGCUGCCCCUACAAUCCAAACAAACAAGGGUCCUUAGAUAAGGAUCGCUAUAACUGGAUCAGUUUGAAAUGUUUGGUUCAGUGCAGGAGUACACUGACACAUUGAAUAAAUACUAAUAUGUUCA